CUAGUCAGAUAGUAUGUCCCGAAGUCAUAGUCCAAUCAAAUGACACGAUUUUCGUCUCCCCAAUCAGAAGCAAAGGAAUGCCAACUUAUGCCAUUUGCUUCGACUGCAUCCAAAACAUCAUCGUCAAAGGAAACCACCCCGUUGCUUCCCAUGCAUUCGCAACGGACAAUGACUUCCAUUAGUUUGUAUAAUCUCCUCCAUCAUCUUUAUAACCCGACCAUACCAAUUACACAACAAAAGCAUUAGAUUGCUGCAUCCGAAGUUUGUUUCUUGAAGAAACAGAGCUUAGUGACGAGCGACCAUGCCGCUGAAAGUUCUGUCUGUGCUCGACACCGCCAAGAUACGGUACUACCACUUCAAGGCCAUCAUUGUGGCAGUUUCUGUGUAAUGCUUGAUAAAGGGAUGGGGAUAUUCACCGAUGCCUAUGAUCUCUUCUGUAUUCCGCUGAUCACGAGACUGCUCGCACACAUAUACUAUACAUCCCACAACUACAAAAUCCCGCAUCCUGUGGAAGCAUCCAUGCUGGCUGUUGCUCUCCUGGGCACCGUGAUCGGUCAACUUGUAUUUGGCCGGCUUGGCGAUCGAGUAGGGAGGAGGCGCGUGUAUGGCCUUGCCUUGAUGCUCAUGAUGGCCGGUUCCUUCGGGUGCGGAUUCUCCAUGGGCACGACACGAGGCCGUGUCCUGGCGAGUCUAGGGUUUUUCAGGUUCUUGCUCGGGGUAGGGAUUGGAGGAGAUUACCCGCUCUCUGCGACGAUCAUGUCAGAGUAUGCUAACAAGAGGAUGCGUGGCGCAUUCAUAGCAGCCGUCUUCUCAAUGCAAGGGUUUGGCAUUCUGGCGAGCUCCAUUGUCACCAUGGUGGUGUGCAAGAUAUUUGGCCAUAUUUACCCUUUGCCGCAGAAAGAUCCCAUGCCAAAUGAAGCUGAUAUCGCUUGGAGGUUGAUAUUGAUGCUGGGUGCUGUUCCUACCGCAUUAACAUACUACUGGCGGAUGAUGAUGCCUGAAACUGCAAGGUACACCGCUUUGGUGGAGCUAAAUGUGCAUAAAGCUGCCCGGGACAUGGAGCCGGUCCUAGACGUGUCCUUGAGCCAGAUUACCGAGGACCAUCCCUUCCCGCAAAAACCGCCAUCCUACCCUCUCUUCUCCAAGCAGUUCUUCCUCCUUCACGGCCGUGACCUCCUUGCCUGCUCUGCCGCGUGGUUCCUCCUCGACAUCGUCUUUUACAUCAAUAACCUCUGCCAAAUUCAUAUCUACAAAAAGUACCUGUACGAUGAGAAGGCCGGCAAAACGCUUACCGCCUUCGAGGCAGCCUUUGAGGUCGCGAGGCUCCAGGCCAUUGUGGCGUGCUACUCCACAAUCCCCGGCUACUUUGCCGCUGUCUUCCUCAUUGACCGCAUUGGUCGGGUCAGGAUCCAAGCAGUCGGGUUCCUCUUCAUGGCUAUCGUUUACUUCUCCAUCGGAAACAUACCUUGGAAGAGCAACACGGGUGGGCUUAUCAUUUUCCUGCACAGCCUGACCUACUUCUUCGCCAACUGCGGGCCCAACACGACCACAUUCAUUGUGCCUGCUGAGCUAUUUCCCGCGCGGUUCAGGUCAACGUGCCAUGGGAUCGCCGGGGCUGCGGGGAAGGUCGGGGCAAUGAUCGGCGCGGUGGGGUUCUUGAUGGCCUCGCAUGACGAGGACCCAAUUGGGCAUAAGAUGACGAAGAGGAUGAAAGUUGUGCUGAAUGUAUUGGGUGGGAUUUGCGUGGCGGGGAUGGCGGUGACCAUGUUGUUCACGAGGGAGACUAUGGGGAGAUCGCUUGAGGAGAAUGAGAAUGAGAAUAAGGAUGAGUCUGUUCAAGAGGCAAGUGAUCUCAAUCGUUCAUGAUUUAAAAACGAUCAUGCUGUGUAUUUUUGCAUUUGUCCUAUUGUUGACACAAGC